AUGAAUAUUAUUACAAAGAUUAUCGAUAGUUUGAAAGGAGUGUAUGCCAUGACUGAGAACAAUGAAGAGACUAAUACAGAAAAAAAUAUAUUAGACAAAGAGUUAGAGGACAUUGGAUAUUCAGUUGAUGUAAAUAUUGAAGGAGCAGAAAAACAUAUAGAAGAGGGAAUUAAUGCAGGGAAGACCGAGUCAGUAUUGCUUUCACUUAAAUCACAUGUUAGUGUGGAAAAAGAUCCAGUACCCUCCAUCGUACACCCCAAUAUACCCUCCAAUGUACCCCAAUGUGCCUUCCAAUGUACCCCGCAAUGUGCCCUCAAAUCUACCCCCCUAUGUUCCUCCAAUGUACCCCCCCCAAUGUACCAUCCAACGUGCCCCCUAAUGUACCCUCCAACGUACCCCCCAAUGUACCCUCCAAUGUACCCUCCGAUGUACCCUCAAUGUGCCCUCCAAUGUACCCACAAUGUACCCUCCAAAGUACCCCCCAAUAUACCUUCAACACACCUUCACACGUAGAGCAGAAACAAUUAGAAGCUAAGAAUGCGAAUGACAGAUUGCAAAGAAUGGAAAAGGAACAACAAGAGAAAGAACAAUAGAUGAGAAAAUCAGCAGCUGAACUUGAACUCACCAAGCAGCGAACAGAGGAAGCAAGAAUAAAAGUAGCUGAGCUCAAUAAGUCACGAGCAGAAAAUGCGGAACGACAACUAGUCGAAGAUUGUGAUACUGUAAAGGAUUUUCUUACGAAACAUAAUUUUACAACAGGAUCGCCUGAGGGAGUACCAGUUGAAACAAUAACCCGAUCGCCCAUGAAGUUGAAAGGAGUCGACCUUCCAAAGUAUAAAACCAAUUCUUAGUCCUGGAAGGCAGCAUUUAUGGCAAUGGUUGAUGUGCAGAACGUUCCAGUUGGUGAAAAAAUGCUCAGGUUACAAAGCUGUUUAGCUGGUAAAGCAAUGACCGUGGUGAAAGAUUUGGGAUACUCAAGCGCUGCAUAUGAACGAGCAAAGUCGAAGUUAGAGAAGAGGUAUGGGGGAGAGAGGCGACAACAAAUAAAGCAGCUUACAACUUUGCGUAAUUUGCCUAAGGUUCGCUCCCACAAUUUACAAGACUUUCAAGCCCUACUAGAGAGAAUUUUGAUCACCAUCAACAAUUGUGGAUCCUUACAAGAUCAAAGCCUGAAUUUAUCAGCAAAAGAAAAGCUAACCGAACGGGAUGUUCAAACGUAUAAAUACUGGUUGAUAGACUAUGCUCGAGAAGAUUGCUUCGAAUCGCUGGUAGACUGGGUGGAACUCCGAGUGCAAGUCAUUGGGAAAGCGAGAGAGGAGACUGAGGGAUUUGGUAAGCAGAAUGAGGAACGGGGUAACAAGAAUCGUGAUGAACGACAACGUUUCCCAGGAUUCAACACACGGUUUUCAACCACACAUUGUAUUGUUAACACAUGCAAACAAGACCAUCCACCAUGGGUUUGUGAUGCUUUCAAGAGACUCCCUGUACAGAAGAGAAAGGAAUUAAUUUCAAAAAGCAGCCGUUAUUAUCGGUGCCUGGCAGCUGGGCAUCACAGCAAAGAUUGUCGUAAAGCAAGAAAAUGCGGAGUUGACGGAUGCCAGAGCAACAAUCAUAGCAGUUAUUUUCAUGAAAGCACCCCACAGAAUGGAAACACAAAUGCUAGACAGCAGUUAGAACCAGAGGCGCCAACCUUCUAUCCAAGACACCCACCAGCCCAAGAAGCAAGAACCGAACAGUUUGGUAGAAUGGACAUCAAUAACCAACAGAGAGCCGAAUCAUCCACGCAAGAGAGAACUCACAAAACGAGUAAGACUGAUAAUGUUUCAUUAAUGGUUCUUCCAGCCAUUAUUGUCGAUGGUCAGAAGAAGUUGAAAGUCAAUGUAAUGUUAGAUCCAUGUUCAACAAGUUCCUAUAUUUCGGAACAUGCUGCAGGAGAGCUGGAGCUGCAAGGGCAAUCGUUAAAUCUGACAAUUGCAGGAACAGGCGGAACCGAGAUUCAGAAACGGUCAAGACGUGUUGGACUGUCAGUGACUAGUCUCAAUGGGACAUUCACAGCACCCUUGCAAGCACACGCAUUAGACAACAUCGCCAGAGACACGCCAGCAUUUCAGGGGUCAGAAUUGAAAGAAAAAUGGCCACAUGUACGCCAAGUCCCAUUUGGGAAUGUAUCCAGACGACGUUACAUUGAUGUCAUGAUUGGCAGUGACCAUCCACUGUUUCAUUUGGUGUUAAAGGAAAUUCAUGGCAGUCGACAUAAUGAUCCAAUAGCACGAUUGACAAACCUUGGCUGGGUAUGCUUUGGUCCUACAUUAGUGAAGGAAAUCCGGCAGAAAUCCCUGUCUCACUUUACUCGGACAUACCGCAGCAACCAAGUGAGAAAGCAACCACCACCCGAUGACAUUCUGAGAAAGUUCUGGGGACUUGAGUCAAUAGGGUUCAAGCAGAUGACAGUCGAAGAAAAGGCAGCAAUGACAAAAGUCGCUGAGAUCCUUACAUUUGAGAAUGGGCGAUACACGGUGGGAAUUCCAUGGAGAGAAGGCGAACGAAAGUUGGGAAACAGUUACGAAGCUGCUUUGGUACGACUCAAAAGUCAGGAAAAAUCUCUAAAAAGAAAAGGCCCGAACAUUACGAAAGCCUACAGUCAUGUCUUUGAAGAGUAUGAGAAGAAAGAUUACAUAAAGGAGGUACCAAAAUCCGAGACAAAGGAGCAAUGGUUCCUUCCGCAUUUCCCCGUUAUUAGACUUGAUAAAGAUACGACGAAGGUCCGUGUGGUGUUCGAUGCUGCGAUGAAACACGAAGGCAAAUGUUUGAAUGAUGCAAUACGACCAGGUUCCAAGCUGCAAAGAGAAGUUCUGGAUGUUCUUACACGUAUCCGUAGAGCCCCAGUAGCCCUUACUGUCGAUAUUUCCGAAAUGUUUUUACAAGUUGGUCUCCGGGAACAAGACCGUCAGUAUCAUAGGUUCCUGUGGCGAGAUUUUGAUACAUCGAAAGAGUCUAACGUUUAUGAGUUUUCGCGAUUGUUGUUUGGCAACACGGCAUCACCAUUCUGCUCACAGUACGUUUUUCAUGCCCAUGCACAAGCCCACGAAACAGAAUAUCCGAAGACAGCCGAAUCCGUUGACAAUUCCAUGUAUAUUGAUGAUUUAUUAGAUUCUAGCGAAACCGUGGAGAGUGCACAAAAUUUGCAACGUCAAUUGUCCGACAUGUUAGCAAUAGCUGGAUUCAACUUGCGAAAGUGGUCAUCAAAUGAGGCAGCAGUAAUAGAAAACAUUCCCGUGGGCGAUCGUCUACCUGCAAUCGAGAUCAACAACGGAGAUCUUACUAAAACCAAGACCUUAGGAGUUACGUGAGAAGAAGCGAGAGACGUUUUUCUAUUCCAAACCAAGCAACCUGAUAUGAGUGUCAAUCCUACCAAACGAAACGUUCUAAGUGCAAUAGCCGCCCUAUUUGACCCACUUCAGUUCCUGGCACCAUUCGUGAUCCGCGCCAAGAUUAUCAUGCAAGAAAUAUGGACAGCAGGGUUAGAUUGGGACGAUGUCUUACCUAGUAAUCUUAGCACGAAAUGGGAAAACUGGGUAUCUGAACUCCAGAGCUUAUCGUACGAUGCCAUCCAACGAUGUUUACGCCUACCAAACCCAAAGACGGUUGACCAACAUCUCUUUACCGACGAAUUUAAAGAUGCUUAUGCCUCCGUUGCCUAUUUGGUUUGCCAGUACACCAACAACCCCUCUACUUCGCGUCUCAUUGCGUCAAAGGGCCGUGUGUCACCUUUGAAAGUGGUGACCAUUCCCCGCCUAGAGCUAAUGGGAGCUGUUCUUUCAAGUCGUCUAGCCGCAAGUAUCCUAAACGUGUUAACCGUGGACAGAGUGAUCUAUUGGACAGACUCAGAGAAUGUGCAUGUGUAUUACUGGGUACGUAUCCAGAGUCGCGAAUUUAAACCGUUCGUAGCUAGCUAAUCGAAUUGGGGAAAUUCAGCGUACAACAGCUUCAGAACAGUGGCGGCACGUACCGGGGACGAAGAAUCCAGAAGAUUUACCAACCAGAGGUUUAUCGGUGGCAGACCGUGGUGAGAAAUAAUUUUGGAUGGAAGGACCAUCAUUCCUAAAAGACGGUGAAAGUCCCUGGCCAACCACAGCUCCUAGUAAAGACGUGCAGAAAUCUGACCAGUGUGAAAGACGAUCAACCACGACAUAUGCAACUAGGAACUAUGAAUUUACUAGCAUUGAUCCUACACACUUCUCAAGCCUCAAACGUUUAUAUCGUGUGACGGGUUGGAUUAAUUUAAUUAGGCGGUUCAUCGCCAAUUAUAAGUUAAGAUUCGUGGGAAAUCUGGACGAAAAUAUGAAAAAACGCUUUCUUCUGCUGAGAUCUCUGAUGCUGAGACGUUUUGGAUCAAACACGCGCAAACAGAAACUUUCCUAA